AUGUACGCACACCAAGCUGCGGUUUUAUGCGAUCUUACCGUACCGCCACCUGCGAUCGAUGACUCAUUUCCUCAUGUGAAGCUGCUCGAGCAACUCUCCGUAGCGGAUGCACGGCAAGUGGAGCAGUUUUUAGCAAGCCGCGACGAUGCAACGAGCGAUUGCAGCAAACCCCAACCAUCGGACCCUUCAGUGGAUAUACCCGAGUAUCGAUCCGAUUUGCAUGAGGCGUUGGUACUGCUAGCGAGCUUAAAACAAUCGAAGAUUGUGUUGGAUGAUUUGCUAACCUCUUCGCCGGAUACCAUCGAAUGGAACACGGAAGUGGAAAGGACGGAACAAAUAAGUGAGCUGCUGAGCGCCAAGCUUUUCACCCUCGAGGAUCCAAUCAGAACACGAGCGCUCAAGCGUAAGCUUGCUGUGCGUCGGAAGAAACGAAACUGGCAAAAGCGUCGUAAUCUGCGACUGGCCGAGGAUCGCAAGAAGCUGCUGGAGGAUCGUGAGAAGCGCCAGCAGGAGAUCGUAGCAUGGGAAACAGAAUGGCGCAACCGAUUGAAGCAGGAGCAGGCAGCACGGGAAGAGUUGGCGACCAAAUCGGCCAUUCUAGCCGACGUUCGCUGGCGAAAGGCACGUGCCAAGCGGUAUCUGCGACGUUUCGAAAAGACCAUCCAACUGCAUGAUCAGAGAACCGUGACCGUAGAAACAGAAGGUGCCAAUACCGAUGGUGGAAACAUUCCCGAGGAACGAUUUCAACGUAGCAUUGGAUGUUUGAUCGACGAGUGGAAGAAGAAGCUGAACGAGUGCGUCAAGGAGGAGAAGCGACUGAAGGAUGAACUGGCACGGCGUUCCACCGGCAACGAGAGCCGUCGACGAGAAAACCGUUGGCGGAAGGCCUUAUUUGGAGAUGCGUCGGCGUCCUUGAACCGCAUCGAUCGGAAUCCGUUGGAUGAGUUUGUGGCAGUGCGACGCGCCUGGGACGUAUAUGCAUUGCAGCCGGAUAACACUGACCAGUCCCGUCCAGUGUCUCAGGGAAGCGCUGUACCGUUUGGUUGGGUUAAACCGCCAGAUGAUCCAUUGCCCGAAUGGCUAUCCUAUCGUGUUAACCGAGAAACCAAACGAACGAUAAGCACUGCAUUGUAAAACGAUUAAUUUGAUUUCACUUUCGGCGACUACAGAACAUUUAACAUCUUAUUGAUUCAUUAAUAAACCGUACAAUAGUCUAA